UUUUUUAUUUCGUUUGGUUUAGCAAAGUGACUGUGGCCACUUCCAACUUUCAAACAAAAAGUGUGGUUAGGAAUUUGAAAAACUCGGCCAAAUUCUAGUGUUGUGUGCGUUUUUGGGUGAAGUAAGGAUGCCACGGAGGAUUAGAGCAAGACGCGAGUUUCAGUUUGGGUUCAACAUGUUCCCGGAGAUCCCGAGACCGUUCAACAUGAUCUACCAGUGCCACUCGGUUGCCAUGCUGCCGGGGAACGAGCGCCAGGACGUGGAACGCGGGGGCAAAAUAAUCAUGCCGCCUUCGGCCCUGGAACAGCUGACUCGUUUGAACAUCAACUACCCGAUGUUGUUCAAGCUCACGAACAAGAAGACCAACCGGGUGACCCACUGCGGGGUGCUGGAGUUCGUGGCCGACGAGGGUAAGGUGUACCUGCCGCUCUGGAUGAUGCAGAACAUGGUCCUGGAGGAGGGCGAUUUGGUGCGAAUCGAGAGCGUUUCGCUCCCAGUGGGGACCUUCUCCAAGUUCCAGCCGCUCUCCCCUGAUUUCCUCGACAUCACGAACCCCAAGGCCGUGCUUGAGAACUGCUUGCGCUCGUUCGCUUGUCUCACAACCGGAGAUGUGAUUGCGGUUAAAUACAACCAGAAGAUUUACGAAUUGUGCGUCCUUGAGACGAAACCAGGCAACGCGAUCAGUAUAAUUGAGUGCGAUAUGAACGUGGAGUUUGCGCCCCCGGUGGGCUACAAAGAGCCGGAGAAGGUCAAGAAGGAGGAUGAGGAGAUGGCCGUGGAUCCGGCUGAUCUGAUGCCGGAGCCGACCGGAUUUGUGCCCUUCAAAGGCACGGGAAAUCGAUUAGAUGGCAAGAAACGGAAGGAUUCCGGGACCAGUGACGUCGUCAAUUGUAGGGCGGCGUAUGUGAGGGGGAUCCCCAAUUAUGAUUACGAAAUCGGGACGUUGAGGUUCAUCAGGCGGAGCACCAAGCCAGAGAAGGAGGAUGAAGCCAGUAAUGAGUUUAGGGCGUUUAGUGGGACGGGGUUCAGCAUGAAACAAUGAUUAUUUAUUUUUAGUUUAUAAUUUUUUUUUGUAUAUUUAAGAAUGAAAUAAAUUGUUAUUAAACAUUAAA